AUGCAGGCCAGUGCUCUCCUCGGCCUGCUGGCCUUCACGGCCGCAGCGGCUGCCAUCCCGGCCACCCCCCGCCAGGCCCAUUCCGAUGCCUCCAUCCAGAACCUCAAGACCCAGAUCAAGAACGUGGUCGUCCUGGUGAUGGAGAACCGGUCCGUCGACAAUUUGCUCGGCGGGCAGACCCUCAAGGGACUGGAGAAUCCCAUCCAGAACGGACCGUACUGCAACCCGUACAACCUCACCAACCCGGCCGAGGGCACCGUCUGCAGCGCCUCCAGGGACUACGACUCCAUCACGGACGACCCUGACCACGCCAUCUACGGCAACAACUUCCAGUUCUACGGCUCCUUCACCCCGGACAAUGCCCGCAUCGCCGGGGGCCAGCUGACCCCGAGCCAGCAGGGGUUCGUCCACGAGCAGCUCCGCCUGUAUAGCGCCGCCGCCAACCGCACGGAGCUGUCCACGCAGGUCAUGAACUACUACACCGAGCAGCAGGUGCCCGUCCUGACCACGCUGGUGCAGAACUUUGUCGUCUUCAACCACUGGCACUCGGACAUUCCGGGGCCCACCGAUCCCAAUCGGGCCGCGCUGGUGUCAGGCACAUCCUAUGGCCACGGCAGCAACGACAUGGCCUUUCUCAAGCAUGCCUUCCCCCAGCGGUCCAUCUUCCAGCAGCUGACGGAGACGGGGCACUCAUGGAUCAACUACUACGACACUGCGGGAGGCACCGGUCCAGAUGCCGGGUUCUUCAACUGGACGUACAACACCAACAACACGAACAAGAUCCGGCCGCUGAAGAACUUCUACAGCGACGCCGCCGCGGGCUCCCUGCCGGAAUUCACCUACAUCAACCCGUCCUGCUGCGGCGUCGGCACCAACUCGAUGCACCCGAGCGGGCUGAUCUCCGACGGCGAGCGACUCAUCAAGAGCGUGUACGACGCCCUGCGCGCCGGUCCGCAAUGGAACGACACCCUCUUUAUCCUCAGCUUCGAUGAGACGGGUGGCUUCCACGACCACGUCCCUCCCCCGCUGGCCCUCCGACCCGACAAUCGGACCUACACGACCAGAACCCCGAGUGGGGAGAGAUAUACCUUCGAGUUCAACCGCCUAGGGGGCCGGAUUCCCACCCUGUUGAUCUCCCCGUGGGUUGGUAAGGGGUACGUGGAGCAGAAAGGGAGGGAUGCGCAGGGGAAGAUAGUCUCGUACUCGGCCUCGUCGAUCUUGCGCACUCUGGGGUAUCUCUGGGAUUUUGCCCCGUUUAACGCGCGCGUGGAGGGUGCGCCGUCGUUCGAGCAUCUCGUUCGGACGAGUGCGCGGAGUGAUACCCCUGUUGUGCUGCCUAUUCCGGUGCCGUUUAGAUAGAUGGAAUUGUCAUACGGUACUGGGACUGGUACUGUGUUAAUGAGAGGGAUCAUUCAUGACAAGAAGCGAAUAUUAUC